UCUCUAUCUCUCUCUCUCUCUCUCCAUCUAUAUAUCUCAGCUCAUCUCUUUCUAAUAUAUACAUAUAUCUCUGUAACUGAAUCUCCGUAAUUCUCCAACCUUUGUCAUAUCUGGAACAAGAAUCCUUUUCAAUUUUCGAAUUAUGUUUCACCUUGAUUCGGCUUGAAUUAUUGAUCGUAUCCACACGUUACUUCGUAGCCCUCCACAGAACGCAUUCCCAAAACCAGAAAGGUUGCGCCUUUUUUCCUCUGUCGUCGUUAUUUUCUUCAAUCUUGUAUAACUCCAACUUGAAGAAUCUCCCAUUCUGUUUUGCGUCAGAAAGUAAUAGAUGCAUUGACCCAUCAUUUUUCGCUCAGACCAUUGAGCUACCAAAUAAGGGAGGAAAAAAAAGAGAGGAAACUUUAGGAAAUGGGAUGCUUUGUAUCGACCCCUCAGGACACUGGCGGUAUCAGGAGGAGGCCAUCAAACAUAGGGGAAGCCUAAGAAUACCUAAGCCCGCCAAUUUCGCUCAGUCAUUAGGCGAUCAUCUGUCUAAAAGCUUGGUCGAACGGCUUUCUGCUCUGAGAACGAGAAUAGUUGUUAUGGCCGGGCAAGAAGCUCCAACAAUUACAAGAACUAGGAGGAAAUCUGCCACUCAGCAUGGAGGUUCAACAUUAUGUGACCUUCUUCAGGCUCUAGAAGAUUAUUUGCCAGUUCUUCUUGGAUUGGUUAAAGAUGGGAGCCCUUUGCAACAUAAAGUACAGUUUGUGUGGAUCAAUCAAGAAGAUGAAGUCGAGGAAACAGCAAUGUACAGUGCUUGGUAUGAAGUAUUAUCUGUUUUGCAUUUGAUGGCAACACUCUCAUUAUCGCAAGCUAAUUUAUUGCUUCUUCCAAGAACAUCGAUUGACGGUUAUCAACCAAAGGUAUCCGAAGAGAGCCGCAGAUCUUCUGUCGAUGUUUUUCUAAAGGCAGCUGGUUACCUUGAUUGUGCUGUACGGCACGUUUUCCCUCAGUUGCCAAAUGAACUCAGGAGAAAUCUUCCUGUGGACCUUGCUGAAGGAGUCCUAAGAGCACUUUGCCUCCAAGCGCUAGGACAGGGUGUCGAUAUUCAGCUUGGACUUGCCAUCGACAGUACUAAGGCUACACUGGCAGUGAAAAGAAGACUCGCAUGUGAGAUGGUAAAGUACUGGCAGCAGGCCCAAGACAACGUAAUGAACCUUCCACUAGCAAAUGGUUGGGGAGAAAAGCAUAGGCUAUUCAUGAAGUGGAAAUACAUUGAAGCAAAGGCUGCAGCAUACUACUAUCAUGGUCUAAUUCUUGAUGAGGGCAAUACUGAGAAAUCACAUGGAAUGGCUGUUGCUGCUCUACAAGCAGCGGACGAGUACCUCAAAGAGAGCAAGAAAGCUGGUGAAGCUUUUAACACAUCUGUUCCUGUAUCUAGGAAUCCUCCUCUUUGGGGAACCAUGAAGUAUCUGUCGGAAAAGAUUCCCAAAGAUACUUCAAGCAAGGUGCGAAUCAACAAGGAUCUUUACUCUUCCGAAAAGUAAGUCCUGAAAAGGGCACUUUCCUUUGUAGUUACUUCAUU